AUGCCGCCCCCGCACCACGCCUCUGACACGAGGGCGUUGCGUACUACCACACUGUGGCUGCUCCUCUUCCUAGUGCUGCAGCCCAGCGCUGCUUUAGCACAGCACGAAGAGGAUCCGGAGCAGAAUGAAAAUAAUGUCAUCGAUUCGUGGUUUGGUCCAGAUCUCAGGCUAAUGUACAAGGUGGUGUCGGAAUGCAGCCGCCACUCCGACCUAUGGUUGUGCCUCAAGCUGAAGGCGCUGUGGACGCUGGAGCGCGCGAGGACCGCGGCCGGCCCACUGCCGCUCACCAGCUACCUGUCGCUGGCUCCGGACCCGGCGGACGCAGAAUCCGAGGCCUCAGACGCGCCGCCGCCUCCAGACACCGAGGCUCAGCUGGAGGAGCAGCUACCGCGGGAUCUAGACCAGAAGCAGGCGCGGGUCGACGCCCUGCUGGUGCAGAGCGCUGACCGCCUGUUGCGAUCGCGCGCCCUGCAGAUCACUCUACCGGCGAGCGUCUUUGAAGGCAGGGGCAAGAAGAAGGACAAGUACGGCGGCAUGCUGCUGGCGGCAGGGGCGGCAAUGGCGGGCAUGUUCCUGCAGGUGGCCAUGGGCAAGAUCGCGCUGCUGGCGGGCAAGGCGCUGCUCGUCGCCAAGGUGGCGCUCGUGCUCUCCACCGUCAUCGGCCUCAAGAAGCUCGUGGGCGGCGGCGGUGGCGGCGGCGGCGGCGGGGGUGGCGACCACCAGGUGAUCUACGCAGCCGAUGGCCACGGCGGUGGUGGUGGCGGGUGGAGGCGGCGGAGCUUCGGUGAGGACCCCCACGUGCUGGCGUACAGCGCCCACGAGCCAGACGGACCAGGCGGCGACGAGGAGCGACGGGAAGAUGGGCUCGCUGAUGAUAAUGUGGAAGAUGACGUGGCUGGCGACGCCGAUGGUGGCAUGGCUUCUGAUGUGGAAGGUGACCAUGAUCGGAACAACAGCGUGAGCUAA